GCCAUCUCUGGAUAGACACAGCAGCUCCGCAAACCCUGACCCGUCUUCCUGUAACCCCACAGCCAAAGAGGACCGAAACCAGCAGGGUUCUCAAAUUCUUUCUUUCUCGCCAUUCAAGAUGGGGAGUUACUAAAACACUUGCAAUUUAUACAAAAACAAACCUUUAGAGCUUCAGAAUACCAUGGCGCUUUCAGACACAGAGUUCGGCAUGAAGGGCAGUAGCAUUCUUAAGGAAUGGAGCGGACAAAUCCAGCCGGCCCUCAUUGCAUCUUUCAUCUUCCUAUGCUGUCUGGAGGCUUGUUUCUGGGUCAGGAACCUUACUCUCAAAAAGAGGCUUCCAGGGCCCUUCGCUUGGCCGCUUGUGGGUAACGCCAUGCAACUCGGCCAAAUGCCCCACAUCACCUUCUCCAAGUUGGCAAAGAGGUACGGAAACGUGUACCAGAUUAGACUGGGCAGCAGUGACAUAGUGGUUCUCAAUGGAGAAUCUGCCAUACGCAAGGCGUUGCUUCAACACAGCACCGAGUUUGCAGGCAGACCGAACUUUGUGUCCUUCCAGUCGGUUUCCGGCGGGACGAGCAUGACGUUCACCAGCUACAGCAAGCAAUGGAAGAAUCAUCGGAAGAUCGCACAGGCCACCAUUCGUGCCUUCUCUUCUGCGAACAGCCAAACGAAAAAGUCCUUCGAGAAGCACAUCGCAGCUGAAGCCGAGGAACUGAUUGAAAUGUUUUUGAGAUUGAGUUCAAACAACCAAUACUUCAAUCCAUCUCGUGAACUCACAGUCGCGGCUGCUAACAUCAUCUGCGCACUUUGUUUUGGGAAACGUUAUGGACACGACGACCUAGAAUUCAGGACUCUCUUGAGCAAAGUGAGCAAGUUUGGCGAAACCGUAGGAGCUGGAAGUUUGGUGGAUGUCAUGCCUUGGUUGCAAGCUUUUCCCAAUCCUGUGAGGAGCGUUUUUCAGAGCUUCAAAGACCUCAACAACGACUUCUUCACGUUUGUCAAAGGUAAAGUGGUGGAGCACAGGCAAAGCUACGACCCUGAGGUCACAAGAGACAUGAGUGAUGCCUUUAUUGGCGUGAUUGAUCAUGCAGACACGGAGACGGGCUUGACCGAGGCUCAUACUGAAGGUACGGUUUCUGAUCUCAUUGGAGCAGGUCUGGAUACCGUCUCCACUGCAUUGCACUGGAUGCUGCUUCUACUGGUCAAACACCCAUCAAUCCAAACCAAACUCCAAGAGCAGAUUGAUAAAGUAGUAGGUCGUGACAGACUCCCAUCAAUUGAAGACAAGAGCAACCUGGCCUACCUGGAUGCCUUCAUCUACGAAACAAUGCGUUACACCAGCUUCGUCCCCGUCACCAUACCGCACUCCACCACCUCAGACGUCACCAUCGAAGGUCUCCACAUCCCCAAAGACACCGUGGUGUUCAUCAAUCAAUGGUCCGUCAAUCACGACCCUCAAAAGUGGCAGGAUCCUCACAUCUUCAACCCGUCGAGAUUCCUAGACGAGACCGGAGCUCUGGAUAAAGACCUGACCAACAGCGUGAUGAUCUUCUCUAUCGGGAAGAGACGAUGCAUUGGUGAUCAGAUCGCAAAAGUGGAAGUUUUCCUGAUCGCUGCCAUGUUAAUCCACCAACUAACUUUCGAGAACGACCCAUCACAGGACUUGAGUUUAAACUGCUCGUAUGGCUUAACACUGAAGCCAUUUGGUUAUAAAAUCUCUGCCAAACCCAGAGGAAGCGUAUUUAAUGAAGAAUAAAUGAACGUGUGUGCUUUCAAACCGACUGUCUCUGAUAUAUUACACUAUGCAGAAUAAGGUAUGUACUUCAUAUUUAGCAACACUGAACUUCAGAUUAUAAAUAUAGUUCACUAUAUACAAGUGUAGAUUAAUGUAUGACUAAAUCUAAAUGUUUUGAAAUCAAAAGUAACCAAAGGAAAAGGGCCAAAAGGAAUAAAAAUUGUGUCAGCAGGGUUUUAUAUGUGAGAGAUGUGUGCUUAAAUCUAUUUUAAAAUGUGCUACUUUUAAAAAUUCCCAUAUAUAUAAACCUCUGGUCAUUAAAAGAGCAAUUGCUUUAAGUAAAUAAACAAAGGAAAAGCAAGAUAAAUGCCAUGUUUAAUAUUGACUUAAUCAAAUGUUUAAUUCUUCUGUUUGAUCUACGAGUUUUCAUAAGCCUGUAAUUUUUAAAAAGAUGUUGAAAAAUGAUUCAUAAAUGUGACUUAAAACUGUUUUUAUCGAUGUAAAUAAAAUGUAUUUUAACAGUG